AUGAGCUGUCCCCCAGAAGAAGAGAGAGUCCGCUGUAUUUUGCGUGAUCUUCGGACUCGCGUCCAGAGUGCUGAAGUACAAAAAGAUAUAGAAAGAUUAGAAAAGCUUUUAUCAGAUCCUCUGUUUCGGCAAUUAAGUCGUAAGCCUCACGAAAAGCCCUUCGAACACCCAAAAGUUGACUUAGAACUAAUUAGAUUAUUAAAAAAAGCUGUCGAGGAGGAACUGACAGAAACUCUUAGAGAGAAUCAGAAAGUGGUUUUCGCUGAUUUUGAUUCAUCUAUUUUACGCCCAACUAUAUUAGAGACUGAUAAUCCACAAAAGAAGCUUUUAGUUGUUGGACCAAAGGAUAUAAAAUCAAGAACAUCGGGUCGAAUUCGAAUCGGCGACCGCAUACAGGCCGUUGCCGUACGUGAUGUGCCGCAGUCCGUUCGACACCAGGCCAGGAAUAGAAUUAGUAGAGAGAAUUCAGAGGAGUCUGAGAAUCCAAAAAAUCAGGAGGGCUGUCAAACCUCAUCAUUUAUUCAACAAUCUAACGUUGAAUUGAACGAACAGCUUUCAAAGGAAUCCGAGCCAUCUGUAGAAAAUAAAAAAGAAGACAAGGACUUCGACGACAACGACAACGACAACGACAACGACGGCAAAAGAGAGGACCAAUCAAAAGAAGCCGCACUCAAUCAUAAUAUUGAUACACUAACUGAUAUUCAUAUAGCUCGUCAACCGGACAGAUUUCUGUUUGAAAAAUUUUGUGAUCAAAGCAACCCUGUUGUCAUCGCAAGUAUCCGGGAACAUACAAAUAUGGUGCUUUCUGGAGAUUGGACUCAAGUAGAAGUUAUUAGAUUGUCAACUGAAAAUGGAGGAUUAGGUUUCGGAAUAGUCGGGGGUGCAAGUACAGGUGUAGUAGUAAAAACAAUUCUUCCAGGCAGUCCUGCUGAUAAAGAUAAGAGAUUGAGACCUGGGGAUCAUAUUUUACAAAUAGGAAAUGUCAACACUUAUGGAAUGAGUAGUCAACAGGUUGCAACAAUUCUGCGACAACAAGAUACUUUGGUUGAGAUGAUUGUGGGUCGUCCAAUCAACUAUGCAGAUAAGCCACUUGAUACAGCAGACUGUUUCACAAUGGCGACGCGCUCAGCUCUGAAUUCAUCCUUACUUGAGGAGUUCUUGCAAAAAAAUCAUGCAAAAACUAAGAACUCUAACUCAUCUACUGUGGAUUCUUCAUUAGCUUCUCCAUCAACAAGUCAUGAAGAAGAACCAACAAUGAGAGAUAUACCUGAAGAAUCAGAGUUAGAUGCAACGGAUAAGUUCAACGAAGAAUUAACCGCGCCUUCUACGUCGUCAUCAACCGCCUCCACAGAUAAGCAAAUGGAAAACGUAGAAGGUUCACAACAGCCAAUAUCUUCAUCGAUUGCCGAUACAGAAAGGCAAAAUUCGAGAAAAUCUAGUCAAACUAGCUGCACUUCCAAAGUGCUUAAACUCGGCUCUUCGACGACUUCUGUUCCAAAUGGGUCAUUGCUUAAAUCUCCCACUACUCCGACAACAUCAAGGAUUUCGCUUAGAACAUUACAAGAAAUGGCUCUAACAGUGUUUCUUCGAGAAAAUUGGCAGAGUGAACCAUAUGAAGUUAUUGAAGUGGAAUUACUCAGAGAUCCAGCUUUAGGUUUGGGCAUAACAGUGGCCGGAUAUGUUCAUAGAAAAGAAGAAAUCGGUGGUAUAUUUGUAAAAUCCCUUGUGCCACGCUCCGCUGCAGCAUACAGCCAGAAGAUACGGGUUCACGAUCUUAUUUUACAAGUGAAUGAAACUUCCCUGGAACACCUUUCACACGCUGAUUCUGUUAGAACCUUGGUGAAAUCAGGACAGGUUGUUCAACUGAAACUCAUCCGCUUUCCGUCUGAGUCGCCCCAAGCUCAGUGCUUGAAAAUGCUUCAAGAACAAGAAACUGAUACGCAAGUUAUUGAUGUUCAAUCAUCCAACCCUGAUCUCGUAAGUGAGUGGAAAAAGAGACUCUCGAAUGAAGUUGACAUCGUUUCUGCAGUUGUCCGACCAGAUCGAAAGGAGGGCGGCGAUGGAGGAUUAGGCAUUUCAUUAGAAGGAACAGUUGAUGUUGUUAAUGGUCAUCAGUUAUGUCCACAUCAUUAUAUCGAAUCCAUUCGGCAAGAUGGUCCUGCAGCUAGAACAGGUUUAUUACACGCAGGAGAUGAGCUUUUACAGGUAAACCAUUCACCUUUGUAUGGCGAAUCCCACGUGACUGUCCGACAAGCUCUAACGAGAGCUAUAAAUUCUGGAGCUCCAGUGACUCUCAUUGUAGCUCGGCGUACUCAACAUGUGAAUAUGUUUCAACCAUCAAAUGAACAAAGCACUCUGCCAUUAUCAUACCCGUUAUUGGCUGCUGGAAUGGAUCGUUUAGUGAAGGCUAAAUCAGAAAUGGUUCUGAGCAAACCAACAGAAAUAGAUUCUCUAUUGCUAGCUGUGUCUCGCCGUUUGCGAUCAAGAUCACUAGAGCCUCUAGCUGGUUUAGCUAUUUGGAAUUGUGUGCCUUUGAUCAUAAACUUAGAGAAAGAUUCGCGCGGCUUAGGUUUUUCCGUAGUUGAUUAUCAGGAUCCCUUACACCCGGGAGAAUCUGUGAUUGUUGUUCAAUCGCUCGUGCCUGGCGGAGUUGCUCAAGCGGAUGGAAGAAUAGUGCCUGGGGAUCGGCUACUUUUUGUUAAUAAUCAUGACCUUAGUAAUAGCAGUCUGGAACGAGCAGUAGCGUCUCUAAAGGCUGCCCCUAUGGGGAAAGUUCGCUUAGGAAUCGCAAAACCAGUGCCAGCUGAAGAAUGUUUGACAUCUGCACAUUCACCUUUGUUCACACGGAGUGAACGACUGCUUGCUAGAGGCAGCUCUCCGAGAAGAAGGCGAAAGACUUCUGGAAUCACAUCGAGUCAGGAAACAGUUUGGAUUGGAAUUGAUACAUAUCGUCGACUCCAUCCGCAGGGAUAUUUCGGUACUUCACGUAGUCCAUCGUGUUCCAGAAGCAUUCGCAGCUUUGACGGUUCUGAUAUUUCUAUGGCAUCUUGGUCACCUUGUUCAACACGAUCAAUCUCUCCAGCAGGAUCUCCGUUAUCACUGCGUGGCUCGUGGGCCUACGAUGUCAUUUAUUUGCCAACACACUUGGAGAGAUGUUUGAAAAUUCAGAAAGGCUCGUUACCAUUAGGAAUUGUUUUGGAUGCUGAUAAAGACAAGGGUGUCAAUGGAUGUGUUGUGAAAAGCAUUUGUGGGAAAAAAAGUGUUGGAUUAGAUGGACGCAUACAAGUUGGAGAUUAUAUAGUUAAAGUUAAUACAGAGAGCUUACGUAAUGUAACAUCUGCACAAGCUAGGGCAAUAUUAAAAAGAGCCAAUUUAUUAGGAUCUCAAUGCACAAUUGUAUAUAUCACCGGUGCUGACGCAAAACUAUGGAAAGAACGCUUUCAUCGUGAUCCAGAACCGAAUUCACCGUCUAUCAACCGUCUGUCACCGAAAAUUUUUCCCAAGUUUUAUAAAAGUCCAUACCUUUCACGCAAAAUGUCACAAGAGAAUUAUGAUAAUUAUGGAACUGAGCCGUUAUCUGAAGCGUCUGAUGCUGGGAUCAGUGAACUUCAAACUCUAGAAAGUGCUCUGGAUAAGAAUACUGAGAAGCAAUCAGCGCCUGAGAAGAUCAUCGAAGAAGUCUCAUCUUCCCCAGAAUUGAAUCAAACAUGCAAUGGGACGACGACAUCAGCAUCUGCGGGGGAUGGACGGUUAGUAGAUGGAAUGGAAAUCGAUUGCUUCGUGUAUGAUAUUAUAGAGGAAGCACUUCAAGACGCUAUAGUUGAGUUAGCUAUAAGCCAUCGAAUACCUGAUUGGAAAGGUCGUUCUAUUGAUCAGGCUUCAUCUGAAAACCCUCAGCCUCCCACACCUCCUAGCUGCAGUCCUCCUCGAGACACACCUUCCGAUUCUCCUAAUCAGACCAUCAAAGCUCCGGUGGUCGCUUCCACUAUAGAAGAAGCCAGUCAUUUCGUUCGCUCUGAUUCUUCGUCUUCUGGGAGCUCACGUGGCUCUUUGCCACCUCCUCCACCACCUGCUCGGCUUCCUGAUCACGAAAUAGGAACUUCAUCUUCUCGAAACUCUCCUGCCUUUCAAUCACAUGUAAUUUCAACUUUUGUUGCUCAAGUAGAAAGAGAAGCUGAGGAAGACGACUUUUCCAACAAGGCAGUAACUUACUCGGAGGGAGUGUCGUUCAAACCUACUGAAAGUGAAGAAUCAGAAGUUAUUCGAGCGGAACACGUUGACGAAGUUCAAAACGGAAUCGAAAAAGUUCUCGAACCCAGUACAGCAAUUGUCCUAGAAAGUGCAUCUGGUGAAGAAACUUCUAUACCAAGUAUUGCAUCAGCUGGAAAUCAGCCCUCCACACUGCCCGCGGAAACUAUGCACAAUCAGGCUAAACAACUUUCACGAUCUAAGUUUUGGGGAGAAGCUAGGACAGUAAUUUUGAUAAAAGAGCCCAGCAAAUCUUUUGGAAUAUCAAUUGUUGGAGGUAGAGUUGAAGUUUCUCAGAAAGGAGGGUUACCGGGAACGGGUAACACUGUGUCAGGCAUUUUCAUCAAAAGUGUACUGCCCAAUAGUCCAGCUGGAAAGUCUGGGUUGAUGAAUAUGGGAGACCGUGUCAUAAGCGUUAACGGAAUAGACUUACGAGAUGCAACUCAUGAGCAAGCAGUUACUGCCAUCAAAAACGCUGCGAAUCCUGUAACUUUUGUUCUACAAUCUUUGCAUAGCUUUGCCCCACAACAACAAAUGAUCAACUCAUCUUCAACUUCAUCUAAUUCAACAAUCAAUUCUGUGAAAAUCGAAAACAGGGAAGAAGUUGAGUUGGGCCUGCCACAGAUCGAGAGAACUCUAAACCCAAUUCUUCCAUCUAGCAAAGAGAACACAGAAAUUAACUCAAAACUAAUCUCUGUUGAACAAGAAUCUCCAAAAGAGUUGGUUUCAUCCCCUGACUCUGUUUCAUCAGAUUCGAGUGGCCUAAGCAGGCAAAACACUGUAAAACAGCAGCCCAGUGUUGAACGAGGAGAUUCAGAUGGGAAGAACUCAGUUGUUUCACAGCCUUCUGUUGAUAGACCAGUUGAUGACCAGUCAUUUGUUCGGGAGCACAGUGUUGUUUCCAGUUCUAGCCAGUGCUCUAAAAGGAGAGAGUCACAAAAUUUCGAAGAUAAACAGAAAGGCAGAGACUCCGAAUCUUCGAGACACAGUAGUGUUAGCUCAAGAAAAAGCAAGAAAAGCAGUAUUAAAAAAAAACCUCAAGUUUCGGAUCAAAGAAAAACUAGUUAUGCUUCGGGUCCUUUAAUCGUAUCCGAUGUGUCCAGCUCUGAAACUCAUGAGGAUGAGAUGACCGAGUAUGUGGGGGAAGAUUUCACGCAGGGGCCAGCAUCAGAGUCUUCGAACAUUACGCACACAAAGGCAGAAAUCAAUAUAAGUACCCCUGAAGCUAUCAAACUUAAGAGUCGUUUUGAUUAUAAUGAAGAGCAUAUGCGAAUCAAAUAUGAUGACCUCGAAGGAGAAAUUAUGAUUUUUGAUCUACCCAGAGUACCUGAUGGAGGAUUAGGAGUUUCUCUUGUUGGGAGUAGACAUCCUGAAAAACUCAAUGUAUAUGUUGUACAAGUCAAGCCAGCAUGUCCGCUCCGUAUUAUCAAAGGCGAUGAACUACUAGAGAUUAACGGUAAAGUUUUACGUGGACUCAACCAUGUGUCAGCCUCAGGAAUAAUAAGAGAAUGCUGUCGCGAUGAUGAAGGUGUUGAAUUGGUUCUAUGCCGGAGGAAAGGUGCUUUGAAGGACUGUGCUAUCUGUGACGAUCCACCAACAUCUGGCUCUUCCGAUUCUGAUUCCAAAAUUUCACCGAUGGCUCCAACGGUGGAUGGCGCCGAAACUGCAUUACAUAGUAUAGAAGUUGUACGUAAGAAAAGUGUGAGCGUUGGACGAACAGCUCCCAUUGAAACUGGAAAAGAGACAGUAAUUGAGAUAGAUAAAGAAGGAAGAGGUCUUGGAUUAUCCAUAGUUGGUGGUUCUGAUACCGUUUUGGGCACUGUAGUCAUUCAUGAAGUUUAUCCUGAUGGAGCGGCUGCUCACGAUGGACGAUUGAAACCGGGAGAUCAAGUGUUAGAAGUGAAUAAUAUUUCUCUACGUGGAGUGACACAUGAUCAAGCAAUUGCCUCUCUCAGACGCACCCCUCCGAAAGUUCGUUUACUUAUUUAUCGUGAUGUAAACUUGCAAAACAGUUUGCUUGACCCUACUCAGAUAUACAAUCUUUUCGAGGUUGAGUUAAUGAAAAAACCUGGGAGGGGCCUCGGUUUAAGUAUUGUUGGACGAAAGAAUGAACCGGGCGUUUACGUGUCUGAAGUAGUUAAAGGAGGAGCAGCGGAAGCUGACGCUCGACUGAUGGCAGGCGAUCAGAUUAUGGCCGUAAAUCAGCAAGACGUUCGGAACGCCAUGCAAGAGGAUGUUGCUGCUAUGCUAAAAACAUGCACAGGCAAGGUUCAUCUGAAAGUUGGACGAUGGAAACUUGCUGAAACAGCAAGAGUUCAACCACUAAUUGAUCUGACGUCGAAUAAUAAUCUCACAGCUUCAACAACCACUCCAAGGCCGGCUAGCAACAUAGUUGUUGAAGAAGUAGCUGUUCCAGUGACCAUUGAAAGAUCUGUUCCUUCACCUGCGCCACCCAUGAAGCCUAUGAUAACUCAUACUGGACCCGAUUCGCAGGAAGCUGUUGAUUUGAGCCCUGUACAAGAGGAAACUAGCAGCGGCGGAGCCGAACGUAGAAGCCUCAGCGAAGAAAGUGGUUCUCCUAUUUUCAAUUUGAUGAUAGAUGUUAAAGAAGAAGGCAGUGACACAAUACUUGUUGAGCUGAGAAAGGUUCCGGAACAACAACUUGGAAUGGGUAUCGGCAAAAGAACUCGUGGAAUCUUAGUAACCAGCCUUCAGCCAGGAUCUAACGCAGCAGAAAAGCUUAAAGUCGGAGACAGGAUUCUAGCUGUGAACGGAUUACCAGUGACAGACCAACUUUCUGCCGUUACGUUCGUUAAAGCAAGUGGAGAACGUCUGUUUCUUCAAAUUGCCCGCCCAAGAAACUCGCCUACGUGA